CGAUUCAGUCGCGGCCGACCCGCCACGCUGAGAGCUUUGUCUAUUACGUGUGUGUUCGUGCUUCCGUUCGACGCGUCUUUCACUCGGUUACGUCUCCUUCGUGUUCAACCCCCUUUUAAAAACGAUCCACAGAAUUUUCCAAUCUAAAACUACCCUCUGCACGAAUCUAAACAAAAGAAUUGCCCAAAAAGCGUAGAAAAGAAUAAUCGGUGUGUUAAUUUAUUUUACUCUCUCGAGUUUUCAUCCUCUGAUAAGAAUCUGAAAUAAAGUUUCAAAUAUAGUUGACAUUCGCUGCAUGCUGUCCACGAAUCUCGUGCAUCUUUAACCCGUGCAGAAAAAGGAAAACAGGUGUCUCGCUCGGGGAAUAAAAAGGGUGAACAUCUGUUGGGUGCGGUAUAAUAAAGGUUUACGAAGCUCUCUUCGAGGGGUGUUUAAACGAAUGAGUGUAGUGAAAUGAGACGUUCAGUGUCCACGGUGUUUGCGGUGUUCGACCGACAUUGCGACAAGCAGGGAUUCGUGAACGGUGGUAUUUUGUGAACCAGCGACGCGUGUGAAGUGGUGUAGAAACAAAGUGAAUUCUCCUUCAUUCCGGUGUUUUCUGCUCUUCUUCUAAGGGAAUCAGAAAGUACUAUGUGGAUACUCAGGUGAUAGAUCGGAUAAUGUGUGGAUAAUAACCAUUCUACAGCCUUAGAUUCACUCUGGGAUUUCAUUAUAAACGCACAGCGUUUAAUGUAACCGCUAACAGAAACCUCGUGGAAUGUAAAAUCGAGGUACCAAGCUCCCAGGCCACCGCACACGAUUCUGAUUAACUCUCGAAGCCAAACUAUUCAAGCAAAAACCUUGGAAGAAGCAAACGGUGCACCCGCGUAUCAGCGAUUAACGCUGGCAAGCGUCCCAGGGUACAAGGAACUUGGCAAGAGGCAUCGCCCUUUCCCCGUCGGGAAGAUGAAGGCUAGCCUGGUACGUCGGCUCGUUGGCACGUCCGUGACCUAAGGCCACCCGUCGAGUCUCUUCCGGCCAGAAGAAGAGGAACAAGGUCAAGGGAAAACGUACGGUUUCGUGCGGUGGUCGAGUAUGACGACGAUCGUGACGAGCUCCGAGUCGACGGAGGUGGUGUCCUCGAUGGACGUGACGACCAUCUUGAACGCCAUUUCGACUGAGGACAACCAAUUUGCAAACAGCAGCUACUCGAACUAUCAAAAGUGGUCCGUACCUAUAACGAUCGCAAAAGGCUGCGUCUUAGGCUCCAUCAUCGUAACCGCGGUAUUUGGCAACCUACUGGUGAUGGUGUCCGUGAUGCGGCACCGGAAGCUACGAAUUAUCACCAACUACUUCGUAGUUUCGUUAGCCUUGGCCGACAUGUUAGUUGCGAUGUUCGCCAUGACGUUCAACGCGAGCGUUCAAAUAACCGGCAAAUGGAUGUUCAGCUAUUUCAUGUGUGAUGUCUGGAACUCGUUGGACGUGUACUUUAGCACCAGUUCCAUCCUCCAUUUGAUGUGCAUCUCGGUCGAUCGUUACUGGGCGAUCGUCAAGCCGCUCAAAUACCCCAUCAUCAUGACCAAGAGGCUAGCUGCUUACAUGCUGCUCGCUUGUUGGAUUAUGCCCGCGUUCAUCUCGUUCAUGCCUAUCUUUAUGGGAUGGUAUACCACAGAAGAGAACAAUAUGCAUCGACAGAAGCAUCCUGAAUUAUGCGAGUUCAAAGUGAACAAGGUGUACGUAAUAUUCUCGUCGAGUAUCUCGUUCUGGAUACCAUGCACUAUUAUGACCCUCACGUACUUCGCCGUGUUCAAGGAGGCGAGUAGGCAAGAAAAACAGAUGCACAGCCGUAUGGGCAAUGUGAUGCUGUUGAGUCACAGGCCGAGUAAAGAUUUGAAUAAUUUGAACGGGGAACUAAAUAGUGCUGGUUCCUCAAAGACGCUGACAUUGAACGAGAUCAGCACCGAUCAUCUGCAUACUCCCACCAAAGAUAAGAAUAUCAUGAAGAUGAAAAGAGAGCACAAGGCUGCCAGAACGUUAGGCAUCAUCAUGGGUACCUUCAUAAUUUGCUGGUUGCCGUUCUUCUUGUGGUACGUUAUUACGACACUGUGCGGAGAAUCCUGCCCAUGUCCCGAUAUCGUUAUCGCAAUACUUUUUUGGAUCGGGUACACAAACUCAGCAUUGAACCCGCUGAUCUACGCGUAUUUCAAUCGCGACUUCCGAGAAGCCUUCAAAAAUACGCUGCAGUGCGCGUUCUGUUCGCUCUGCAGACGAGAGCCGUCCGACCUCGAGGCGCUCGAUUUCCGUCGGCCGUCCCUAAGGUACGACGACCGCACUAAGAGCAUAUAUUCGGAGACGUACAUAAAGCACAUUGACCGACGAAGAUCGAGCGAGUACGGUAGCAGCCUCUGAGAGGAGAGCAAGUUUAUACUGUGAACUGCAUCCGUAAUGGAAAACAAAAAGAAGAAAACAAAAAGACACGCAUAGAUACGUACAUACCCACCUAAUUAUACAUCCACAUCGUCGCCUACACAUGCAACAAAUAAAACGAUGCGUAUAAUCGUCGACUAUAUACGUAACGUGUAGCCCGCAUCGAGAGAUUCUUCGCCAUCUUGUCAAAAACUCACGGAAGACGAAUCUCAUCAAGUAACUCGCGUUUUUAAACAUAUUUGGCUGCCUCGCAUGCUUACGGUUUCAACACAGUGCUCGUAUAUUAAAUCAUGUGCAUUUUGGAUUACUUGGUAAUGGAUAAAAGACUUUUCAAAGGUUUACUUUAAGCCGGGUGCACGCAUGUUUAUUCAGUCAGUUGAAGAAACAUUCAAAGAUAUAUUCACAAAAAAACCAUAUGUGAGAAAUCUGGCAAGGAUUAUAGGAAUGUAUGGUCAAAAAUAUGAAUCAAAUACGGUCAAUCAGCAAUUAGCAAUGGUGCAUAUACACCGCCUGUCAUAAGUAUUAAGUCAACUGAUAUUUGGUAUAAAUUGUAUACUUCUCAUUGCUUUUAUUUUCUAAAUAUUUUGUUAUAGAUUUAUUAUUUUAUUCAUAUUAUGUGUGUCCUUUGAUAUAAAGUAGAAUAAUAUUUGAUAGAGCUGUUCAAUAGAUAUAAUGAUAUAGGUGUCCUAUAUAUAGCAAUUAAUAUUAUUAUAACUGAUAUUUGUGGCUGGCAGUAUAUAUUAUCAUUUUUAAACCUUAAAGUUUCCUACGAAACUAUUUAUUGGAACUUUAACAUAUUUAUAUUUUGGCCACAUAUUAGGUUCCAUUAUUUUCUAAUUUACCUCAAAAUCUGUCAUAUAUGAGACUAUGCCGAAACCAUUCAGAAAAUAGUAGCCAGUUCGUUCGAAAGAUUCACAAUAACA